UUUCUUUUACUCAACCUGAGCACAUUUUAUGGUGCCACUGAAGGAGAUAGAAAAGUCUACAUUGUCUACAUGGGAUCACUUCCUGAGGGUGAAUACUCAGCAUCAUCGUCCCAUCAAACUAUGCUUCAAGAAGUUGUUGAUGCCAGCUCUGUAGAAAAUAUAAUGGUUAGAAGUUACAAGAGGAGUUUUAAUGGAUUUGCUGCCAAGCUCACUGAUAACGAGAGGCAAAAGCUUGCCAGCAUGAAAGGGGUCGUCUCAGUUUUUCCAAGUACAACUCUCCAGCUUCAUACCACAAGAUCCUGGGAUUUUAUAGGUUUAGGUGAUUCUGCUAAACGAAAUCCCAGUGUUGAGAGUGAUGUUAUAAUCGGAGUUUUAGACACUGGAAUCUGGCCAGAAUCCGAAAGUUUUAGUGAUGAAGGUUUUGGUCCUGCUCCCAAGAAGUGGAAAGGUGCUUGUAAAGGUGGCAGAAAUUUCACUUGCAACAAAAAAGUAAUUGGAGCUCGGUUUUAUUCCUCAGUAGAAGGUGUAAAUGGAACAGCUAUAGAUGACGAUGGUCAUGGAACCCAUACUGCCUCUACGGCUGCUGGCAACAAAGUAAAGGAUGCAAAUUUAUUCGGAGUGGGACAGGGUACGGCAAGAGGAGGGGUUCCCUCUUCAAGAAUUGCUGUAUAUAAAGUCUGUUCGUCGACAGGAUGUCCAGUAGCAGAUAUCUUGGCCGGUUUUGAUGAUGCUAUUGCUGAUGGAGUUGACCUUUUAACAGUCUCAAUAGGAGGAGGUGCAGUCAAUUUUAGUCAGGAUCCCAUUGCCAUUGGUUCUUUUCAUGCAAUGGCGAAAGGGAUAUUGACUUUAAAUUCUGCUGGCAAUUCUGGUCCUUUUCUAGGAUCAACAGGAAGUGUAUCUCCAUGGAUGAUGUCAGUGGCAGCCAGCACCACCGAUCGCCUCUUCAUAGACAGAGUUGUUCUUGGGAAUGGAACGGCAAUAGUGGGAGCUGCAAUUAAUGGUUUCACUCAGAAUGGAAAAAAAUAUCCUCUGGUAAUUGGAGCACAAGUCUCUAGCGAUUCAAAUAAUGAACAUUGUUUGCUUUUCAGGUCGUGUUCUGGCACUUGUCUCAACAGCAGUUUAGUAAAGGGAAAGAUCGUUUUAUGUGAACAACCUACAGGAGAUAUCGCAGCUCAUCGAGCAGGUGCUGCAGGAUCGAUCAUUGAAAAUAGCCUGCUUUCCUUUGUCGUUUCUUUGCCAGCAACAUCAGUGACUUCUAGUGAUUACGACAGUAUCAUCGACUAUAUGGAUUCUACAAAAAGCCCUCAAGCAGAAAUACUAAAGACCGAAAUCAUCAAGGAUUCUGAUGCUCCUUCUCUUGCUCUUUUCUCUUCUCGUGGUCCAAAUACUAUUCUGCCUGAGAUUCUUAAGCCAGAUAUAAGCGCACCUGGAGUAGAUAUUUUGGCUGCAUUUUCACCUAUCGCUCCAUUGACCGCGGACGUGGAAGAUAAAAGGCAGGUUAAAUUCAAUAUACUGUCUGGAACCUCAAUGGCAUGCCCUCAUGCUGCUGGUGUAGCUGCAUAUGUUAAAACAUUCAACCCUACUUGGUCUCCUUCCGCCAUCAAAUCUGCUAUAAUGACCACUGCAUUUCCAAUGAAUGAAACCAAAACUACAGACGCUGAAUUUGCAUAUGGAUCCGGGCAUGUCAAUCCAAUAAAAGCUGUAAAUCCAGGACUUGUAUAUGACGCUUUUGAAGAAGACUACAUAAGAAUGCUGUGCAGUGCAGGUUAUAAUGAGGAAACACUUAGACUUGUUACAGGAGAUAACAGCACUUGUCCAAAAGCCUCCGGUAAGGCAUCGCCAAAGGAUCUCAAUUACCCUUCAAUGUCAUCUAAAGUUUCACUAGAAAAGCCUUUCACAAUCAAUUUUCAUAGAACAGUUACAAAUGUCGGUCUUCCAAACUCCACAUACAAGGCACAAGUCUUUUCAAGCUCAGAAGUUGGAAUCGAAGUUGUACCUGAAGUUCUCUCCUUCGAGUCAAAAAAUGAGAAGAAAUCUUUCGAUGUGACUGUUACUGGUAAAGGUGUUACGGUGACUACUAUUUUUUCUGGAUCCCUUGUGUGGUCUGAUGGGGUGCACAGUGUGAGAAGUCCAGUUGCUGUCAUCGCGACGACCUAG